CUGAAUUGUUCACAUUCGAGUAAAGGACAAACCUUAUGUAUGCGAAGAGUCGCUAGAGAAUUCAAGUCGUUCUCGUUUCCCACUCACGAUACUCCGUCAGCCGGGUGCAAGAGUUGGCACACUCGACUGCCACCAGUAACGAUACGAUGCGCCUCUCGAUCUAUACAGUGCUACCACUGCUAGGACUCUCCCUUGCCCAGCUACAGCCAAAUUACACUUCAGACUCAGGUGUCAACAUCUACAACCCGGAGAACUUCUUCAACACCACAGGUCCAUGGAGUCUGAUGUCACAGGCAGGAGAUUAUCUCUAUGCUUCUGGUAUGCGUGGCAUCCAUCCAGAAAAUAGCACUCUUGCGCCUACUGGUCUUCCACGAAUCAGACAAGCCUAUCAGAACAUGGCCUCGCUCGUUGAGAUGAUGGGCGCCGACCUAUACUCUUGCGUUCGGCUUGUGGUCUACACGACGGAUAUGUUUCGCUACCGGCCGAUCGCGAAUCAGGUCCAGGUUGAGCUUUGGGGCGAUGACCCUUCGAAGUAUCCGCCGCGGACUAUCGUCGAAGUUGGCCGCUUGAAUGAUGAUGAUAUUAUCGAGGUGGAGGGGACAUUCUACCUGCCUCAAGGGAAGGGUCAGUGA